AUGUCGAUAAACUUUUCGAAACUUCUCGCCCAAGAGAUUGAAAAGAAGAAGAAGAUGAAAACACCACCUUCAUCAAAAACAACAAGAACAAACGAAAACGACAACGAUGAAGAAAAGAUGAGAAAAAAAGCGGACGAAUUGAUGAGCGACGAAGUCUUCUUUGCGCAGUUUUUUACCCGGAAACCGAUCGAAGAUUGGGAUACAUAUCGAGUGCAUAGGAGAGAUAAACCGGAUGAAUUCAUUCCUGGUUUGUUUUACGUGCCAGAGUUUAUACACGAAGAGGAAGAGAGAAGGAUAAAUCGAGCGAUACGGACACAAAAAGAAGCGAAAUGGGUGGAGAGCAAAGGGAAAAGGAAAAUAUUGAACGUACCGGCAGCACCGAACAACGAGAAUACGCCUUUAUGGAUCAACGCGUUAAAGAAAGCCCUGCGAGAAACGACGGCCAUGGAUGGUCAAAAUGAGGCGAAUCACGUCUUAAUAAAUGAAUACAACGCGCCCGCCGGUAUCGAUCCACACUUUGACGGCAUCGUGUACAACCCACACGUAGUUAUAGUUACGACGACGGGAAGAGCUUUGAUGGAUUUUUGGCCAAAGGAAUCAGCAGACGAGCAAAAAGAGCAAGAACCAGUCGCGCAAAUACUUCUACAACCGCGAUCUCUUUUGAUAUAUAGAGAUGAAUUCAACGAUACGAACGGAGCCUAUUUUUUACGUCACGGAAUACGCCACUCGAGCAGCGACGACGCUUCUAAAGCACAUCCGCCAUCCGUGGCUACAAUUAUAGAAAAAGGAGAAGAGAACGUUGCAAACUUGAACAGAAGCGCGUUGCGACAUUCAAUCGUAUUCGUGAAGAAGAAUAUGGGCGCUUAG